GCAGUCUAGCGUUGUAAUCGCGGAAAGCAUCUUCGUGGAUUGCAUUGACACAACCUAAACUCCCAGCUGGUGCAAUUGUCAUUUGAAAUCGCGUUGCAAUUUCCUCCAAUUGUCCACUUCAGCCCCCUGAAGAAACCACCGUAGGGUCUCAGGAUCUCUUCUUGUUGACACAAUCGGACAAGUUGACCAGAAACAGGAUGUCAUCGUACAGGCCCUGGGGCUCCACGGAGGACGGAGCCAUCGAGUUCGAGUCCUUGACAGAGGACACCCUCGAGGGAGCCCUCAACGUCAUAAGAAAGAGCUUCUUCGUUCUGGAAAACGUCUGCAAGGGUGUAUCAUUGACGUCGGAACCUGGAGCGCCGGAAGAGCUCGAGGAACUUUGCGUAGACGCUGCCAAAGAUGGCGUCAGCGUGGUGGCCAUCGAGGUGGCCACUGGAGAAGUCGUGGGAGUCGCUUUCAACAAGAUUCAAGUGUUGAACAGCAACGCAGAAAAGAGCGCGUUCGAGGAGUUCGGCGAAAACUGCAAGCACAAAUCGUCCAAGGCCCUGGUGGAGUUCAUGGUGAACGUAGACUCGAGGGUGAACCUGUUCAAACACUACAACACCAGCUGCGUCUUCGAGAUCAUGUUCCUGGCCACGCUACCUGACAAGCAGCAACGUCGAAUAGGGGAGUUGCUGGUGACCUCGUCCAUCGAGCUGGCCAAGGAGUUGAAGAGAGGAAAAUCGGUGAAAACCCCUCUGAAGAUCAACAACGAAAAGGUUAUACAAAACUCUGACGCGAUUCCCAGCCUGGUGUCCGCCAUAAUGACUUCGAAUUUCUCUCAAAAGAUAGCUGCCAAAUGCGGAUUCGAGGUGUUGGCGCGCGUUAAUUAUUCAGAGUUCUACUUUGGGGGGAAACCCUACAGCGAGAAGAUAGGGGACGAACACAAGGGCUGCAUACUCGUGGCCAAGAGGUUGGCUUAACCUUGGAUUCAUGUUAAUUCUAGGAAAAAUAAUUUACUUAGACGACAGCAAUCUACUCAACUGUUUAAUAUUCAUUUACUGUGAUCUUAUCUCUUUACGUAAUUUAGAUACGAAAUUUUAUUUAAUAUUGUUACACGUCUCGCGAGAUAUUCAAAUAUGUUUCUGUAACGGGACGCGGUGUUCCAAUUACGUAAGCUUGCGUUCGUCGUACGACAACAACGCAGAGAUAUUAAUGAGGCUCGCGAACAAAUGAGACCUUCGAGCACGAUAACGCAACGUUCCGAAUGCGCAUCAUUGUUUCUGUAAUCGUCCAGAUAAGCGCAUUCUCGUUUGUAGUCUCUAUUGUAAUCGGCGCUUCCGUCAAAGCAACGUCAAAUGCUAUCGCGUAUUUGUGGCGCUCGAGAAAGGUAAACUUCCCGCUAAUAAAUAGAGUGUGAUGAA